AUGGAUUCUAAAUUUCCACAGACACACACCGCCCAAACAACAUUGAACAAUCACGUUACUGAUCUUGUUAUAAGUAAUUUUAAUAACAAACUUUUUAUAUCUGUAACACAGUUUGGAAAAAUCGGCAGUUUAGUUCUUGUCCGUCGUGACGUUAAUCUAAACGAAGAUUCAUCUCCGGUGUAUUCAGUGAAAUCUCUUCUAGGAAAAGAUCAAGCUGAAUAUCAUAUUCUUGCUCGUCAUCUUUACGAACGUUUACAAUUGAAGAAACAGCUUCUCUUUGGCUUUGCAUUACAUUCAUUCGCUAAAAAAGAUCUCGAAACCAUCGAAGACUUCAUUUGUUCAAAUAUUCAACAAAUUAAUCUAUGA